AGCAAUUUUUGUUCAAGCCUAGUCCGCACGUUGGCCACGGGCAUGAUCACUGAUUGCAGGCACUUGCUCUUAGCUGCCUGAUCGCUUGCCUUCACAAUCCUCGAUCUGAAGUUCAUGACCCUGUCUCCCUUCUUUCUGGCUGCCAUUGUGUUGGCCGCUGAAUUUGGCGUGCAGUCCACGCCCCCCCCAGCAGGUUCCAUAGUGGAUAGUUACGGGAGGCUCCAGGUGAGCGGAAAUCAUGUUGUGAGCAGUUCCGGGCAGCCCGUGCGUUUGCGGGGUAUGUCGCUCUUCUGGUCCCAGUGGAUGCCACAGUAUUGGAAUGGAGGCGCGACGCAAUGGCUCACGGAUGAUUGGAAGAUAACGCUGAUUCGAGCUGCGAUGGCAGUAGAGAACGAUUGUUAUUUGAGCAACCCUGCUCGAGAGAAGGCACGCGUAGAGACGGUCGUGGACGCUGCAAUUGCCGCUGGGAUCUACGUCAUCAUUGAUUGGCACGACCACCACGCACAUCAGCACCUUACUCAGGCGAGUACGUUCUUUAGCGAGAUGGCCCAGAAGUACGGCAGCGAACCGAAUGUUAUCUUCGAGGUCUAUAACGAACCCAUUCACUCAAGCUGGGCGCAUGAGAUCAAGCCCUACCACGAGGAAAUCGUCUCGGUGAUCCGCCAGCGCUCAGACAACUUGAUAAUCCUUGGGACGCGGACUUGGUCACAAGACGUCGACGAAGCUGCAAAUGAUCCUGUCGCUGGCAGUAACCUGGCCUACACCCUCCACUUUUAUGCAUCAACACACCGGCAGAGCCUUCGAGACAAGGCGACAAGCGCCCUUGCUAAAGGCGCCGCUCUCUUCGUGACGGAAUGGGGGACCUGCGAGGCUUCUGGCGAUGGAGCCUUGGACCUCAUCGAGACACAGCGGUGGCUGGAUUUCAUGGAGACGCACCACAUGGGCGACGCAGGAAAACGGGGUCGUCUGCGCCGACAUUGGCGCGCAAGCUGCUCGCGUGAGGCCGCGCGUGAGCGCCAUCGUCUCCGACGUGGCGUGCCGCACCGGCGGCCCGCGUAAGCCGCCACGUAAGGCCGCUUUGCCAUCUCGCG